CCAUUCACACCAGUUAGGCAAGAUGCCCCACCCAGUGGCAAGUAGGGAAGUCCCUGGCCAAACACUGCCAGGCUGAGGAGGCGAGGUCGCCAAGGCCCGGGCAAUGGCCUGACAUGGCUGGGGGGGGGGUACCAGGAGCCCAGAACAAAGACUGCCUCACCCUCUCCUGUCCCUGAGACCUGCUUCCAAGGAACAAAGAGACUCCCAGUACUGAGUGAGCAGAGAUGACUUUCCAGGAGUGGGUCCCUGUUCCUUUCCAGACAGGCCCAUCUGAGGAUGGGUGCCACUAACAACGGGGCGGGGGGGGCCUUCUCACAUCUGGCUCCACACCCCCCAACCCGAAGCCUUGCUCAAGUAGCUAUGUGUGUGUGCAUGGACACACGCACACUUUGGGGGCACGGGCCGCAGGGUCAGCGGCUUCCUGGAGGGGUGCUGCACCCCGGGAAGGGGCAGGUGCAAAGGCCAUCCAAGCUUACCGGUGGUGGCUGCCUCUGGGCCUGCGGGGAAAAGCCGAGCAGCCCCACGUCUUGGGAGAGUGCUCGGGCACGGGGUGGCACAGUCUCCUCCGGAGGACACCCCACAACGGCUGCCCCGCUCACCCGCGGGGAAUCCGGAGCGUUUUCUCCCCCUCCAUCCGUGGGGUCGGGGCAGGAACGUCACAGAGGCGGCGACAUCACAGGCGCAGGCGCCCCCAGCAUCUCCAACGCCCCCCACAGCCCCCAACCAAAGAGCGCACUGGAGGCGGAGGGGCAGCAGCCACCAGCCCGCUCCCCGCCUCCCCGACAGAGCCUCGGUCAGCAUGGGGGUGACAGGUGCCAGUGGAUUUCCCUGCUGUGGCAAGGAGUCAGUGGACAUUGUGGAGACACAGUAUGGCCCAGACCAACACCAGCUGGUACAAGAGGAAGAUGAGACCAAGGUAACACUGGGCAGGAGGGAGGUGGUAGGUAAGGGGCAGGAUUCCUUGAGGCCCAGCUUCCCUACAUCCCUGACAAUCCUGGGAGCCUGCCCCAGGCUGGUGUCGGCCAAGAGGCGAGGGGAGGGGAGGAAGGCAGGAGUGGGGGGCGGAGAAUUGGCCCCAGAAGGACCUCAGGGCCAGGGGCCUCCACAGCUUGUUGAAACUUUUCAGCUGGAGAAAGAAUGGCUAGAACUGGAGCCCCCAUCCCAAGCGGACCUGGACCUAGAGCCAGAGCCGGAGCUGGAGCUGGAGGGGGAGCCAGAGCCCAAGGACUGCAAGCAAGAGGAGCCGAGGAUCGAGUCCGCCCAGUGCCACACGCAGCAGGACGCCAGCCAGUGGCGCGUGAGGUCCACCUCUAGCUACUUGAGUGAGGCAGAGAACGACCAGGCGUCCGCCAACCGUCGCUCCAUCCGCGUGCAGACCUCUAAGCACCUCUUCUGGGCAGACAAACACAUCCAGACCUCCGAACACAGCCUGCAGCACGUGCUCCACAGGCAGCCCUGCAAGAACACAGGUAAGACCAGCGGCUGUCAGGACCAGCAGUGUGUCCCCAGGGAUGCCAUGUGUUCCAAGAAGCAGCUCCAGAACUCCAGCGCGCAGCCAGCUCCGCCCACCACGGACUCCCAGCAGCCGCCAAACCCCCACCCGUCCUCCUCCAGUCUCUCACCGGGCAUCGGCCUGGCAGAUGUGGUCAACUUCGCCUCUUCCCUGGCCGUGGCCUCCUCCAGCAAGAGGGACUUGCCCAGCUUGGAGCAUAUGAUCAGAGCUCCACCUCAGAAGGUCGAGGCGCCUUCUACAGAUCCUGCCGCCCAGCGGGCCACGGACCAGCCAGAGGGAAAAAACCACUCGAAGAAGUUGCUGGAGAAACCACUUAGAGCCGGGGAGUCACAGAAAGCUUGGAAGCAGGAAGACAAGAACUUCUUCCACCCUUACCUCGACUUCAGCAAGCCGGGGAUGAAGAGGGCCACCAUUGAAGGACAAGUGAUGCUUCUCCAACAACCGGCCAGGUCCCCUCCGCCUCAAGGAGCCGUGAAAGACUCGGUGCCUGGAACCAGGAAAGGGAGUCCAUUAUUGCUGAAAGUCCAUUUUAAGAUGCCGUCCCCCACUUCCCCAGAGAAUGACUAGACAAAACCAGUAAAGCCUCCAGUGCUGGCCCCCGGCUCAGACUUUUUGUGCAAAUGCUCCUGGACUAGUGAGCUCACCUGGCUGCGGCGUCCUGGUCUAAAUUUUUUAGGGAUGCCACCAUACCCUCCCCCCCACCCCCCCUCCCGCCCGUUUUUUUUUUCUCAAGACUUUAUUUAAUUCUAGUUAGUUAACACAUCGUGUAGUAUUCGUUUCAACCCACCCCCAUUGUUUAGCUGCCCAGCCCCACCUGCCCAACCCAUCCCCGGAGGGCUCUGCCAGCCCUCUGUGGCCCCCUCCCCACUCCCCAGGGGUCCUUCCACCUCACUCACACCUUCCAGACUUCAGCCAGCGGCAGAGACUCAUGACCCCUCUCGGGAAGGCCUUGGGGCCCUCUCUGAGACUUCGGGUGUCUUAGGUGGUGAAGUGGGGCUUCCUUUUGGCCUGAAGCCAGGGACAUGUCAGCAUGGUCUUAGGAGAGGGCCUCCUGGGGGUGGGCUGGCCAGGUGAGGAGGCAAGUCUGAAAGGAAUUCUUCCUGCUUCUGUCCACAGUGAGGGCCUGGUUUGGGGAAGGGAUGGUGUCCAGGGGCUCGAAGGAGGGGAAGAAAGAAGCCAAAGAACUGCCCCUCCAGGGGCCACAGCCUUGAGCUGGAAGUAUCUCAAAAUGUAGGGGCAAGCCUGUAUGUAACCGUGUACUUCCCCGUGCAACCCAGACACGCUCACACACACACACAUACACCAUCCGCUGACUCGUACAUCACGCAGGCACCCACAGACACACGUCCGCUUGCAGUUCCACGUGGGCCGUGUGCACAAGCACGUCAACACACAUGCCUGCGAGCCAGACACGUGCACUAAACACGCACACGAACGCACAAGCCUCCCCAGGCUGGGGGAGAACAGGCAACGUGGGAAAGCUCUGGAAGAGGAGAGCUCGCAGCACAGGAGGGAAGCGAAUUCAGAAUGUGGGGAAGGACAUGGGCAUGGAAAGGAAGUCGGGAAGGAAGGGAAGGGAGAGGCAGAGCCGUAGCUUGGGCCCUGGUCAGCCUCCAGACCCACCAGCCCCAAGUCUCCCUGUCAGCUGAAAGCCCAGCCUUGCGGAUCCUGGAGAGCCUGCCCUGCCUUGAGAGAGGGCUGAGGAAUGGAGUGCCCAGGGCCUAGGAGGGUAGGAUUAGGAAGGGGUGAACAGAUGGGAAUGGGCCAUGGCCGGAGAGGGAGGGUGCGGAGGAGGGCUAGGAGACUGGAAAGAGGAAGGAGGGGAAGAUGCAGAGGUGAGUAUCCAGAGAGGGGCCAGGCUGUUGGGAUACAUCUUCCCGGACUGUUUUGUGAACUAUGGUUUGUGAGUUUGCAUGGUCUGGUGAAGGAGAUCCUUCCCUCCUCGCGGACCUGGCGUAAGGUGGGGGGGCCACAGCCCCACCUUGGGCUGGACCCCUGCUUCCCAUGCCCGACUUCGGGACUCGAAGGCCUGCUUCUCCCUGGGCCUCUGCCAGCCUGUGUUAGCUUCCGGAGUGGAGUCGCAAAUUCGGAUCCUUAAGGGGAGCAGAAACCCAAAAGAGUAAAGCAGUAGGUCCCCCCCUGCAAAGAGAAGCAGGCCUGUGGUGAGGGACAGAGUGCGCCCCUGCCAAAAGCUGCUGAAGCCCACCCCAAAGCCAGCCUGGGGGCUGCGGGCCUGGGGCGCUGGGCCAGCCUCAGAGCCCGUGACUCUGCCUUUCAGGCAGCCAAAGGCAGAAGACCAAGAGAUCCCCAUCGUCGGCACAGGGAACGUCCAGGUAACCCGGGCUGGCGAAGGGUCUGCUGGGACAAGCUACUGCCCGCAGAAUCCCUUGGAUAGCGGACUGUGGGUGCAGGCCGG